AUUGAAACCGUGUAAAAAAAUCCGUUUCGGUUUGAUCGGUUGGAAACAAGUGAACCGGAAAUUCGAACCGCCAGUUCGAAACCGGUUGGGCAAGUCUAUUCCACUGCGCUACCGUGCUCCGUCACCUUCGACUCCUUCGUCCUUCCUUCGUCGAGGUUCCUGCGCCCUUUUGCACACAGUAAGAGGAAAUGCUGAGAGCAUACCUUUGGAAGACUUGUGCUCAGCAAUGCAACACGGGUGCAGCUUUGUCCCAGUUCAAUAUGUUGAGAAGAAUGCAUAGUAGAAACAAGAAGGCAAUGGAGUUCAUAGCCAAAGGGUACAGUGCCGUGAAGGAAGUUGAUAGAGUUAUAGAUUAUUGUGAACUCAAUGACAAGCGGCUAAUCCCUUUAUUAAGGACAGCUAAGGAGCAGUUUGAGCUAGCACUAGAAGCUGACAACUCAAAUACUCAUGCUAGAUAUUGGUUAGCCAAACUGCAUUUCAAAUACCAUGUCCCAGGUGCAAAUAAAGCUGUAGGUGCUGCAUUGCUGGUAGAAGCUGCUGACAUGGGCAAUCCAGAUGCACAAUAUGAGCUUGGCCGCCGCCUAAGAAUCGAUAAUAAAUACGUGGAAUCUGAUCAACAAGCUUUUCGCUAUCUUGAAAAGGCAGCGGAGCAGUUACAUCCUGAUGCUCUCUACCUCCUUGGGGCUGUGUAUUUGACUGGGGACUGUGUGAAGCAAGAUAUUUCCUCUGCCAUAUGGUGCUUCCAUAGAGCAUCUGAGAAGGGUCAUGCAGGUGCUGCUAUUGCCUAUGGAUCUCUUCUUCUUAGAGGUGUUGAAGUUCCUGAAUCAGUAACCAAAUUCAAUUUAAAGAAAGGAGGAGUGCGAAACAGAAGAUCAAGGGACAAUGUGGAAUCUAAUCCAGCGGAGUUGGCAAGAGCACAAUUUGAAAUUGCUGCAAAUGCAGGGUGUGACCUAGGAUUGAGAUGGUUAGAGCGGCUCGAAGAGGAAGAGAAAAACCUCUUGGGCUCUUAAUAUAUUUACGUGAAAGUAUAGACUGGAGCUCUCAACACCAGUCAGAUUAUCGUGUGAUUGUGCAAGGGUAGAUGGCCAUCCAGCCUGCCAACCGACGAUUAGGUGAGACGUAGUUUGUUGUUACAAAGAUUUAGAUUGCACUAGCUUCUCAAUAUAAAAUUCUUAUAAUCGGGGAUUUAGGUUUAGUCCAUUUGAGUUUUAUAGUUUGCUUACAAAUAUUUCACUUGAAAUUAAUAUGCUUAGCAAAUGUUUCUCAUAAUCUUAUUGAAACAGGAGAAGCAUGAUCAUUGAGGUACAAUUGCAGAACCCUCUUUUCUUUUUAGGCAAACCUAUUUCUAUAUUGGUGUUGUGUUUAUUUAGUUCUAGAAAAUGCAUUUUCUUUUCAUCACACAGGCUGAAUACAUGUCUUCAGUUGUGGUUACAUUUACAUGUAAUAAAAACUAGAAUUAUUUUUACCUACACUAGUGCAUAUGCUUCUUUUAUUUU